CAUACACAAGAGAAGCCAUUCCGGUGUUCUAGCUGUACCAAAUGUUUCUCACGCCUUGACGUGCUCAAUCGCCACAUUUCAACACAUGAGGAACAAGAGAUAAAUCCCAUUGUACUGGCCACGUCACGAGCAUGCAUUCAGUGUGCCACCGACCGUCUGCGAUGUUCCCGUGGCACUCCUUGUCGGCGAUGCGCGCAACGCCGUCUUUCAUGUUCGUAUCCGCCACCUCGUAGAACACGUUCGCAGAUGCGAUCCACUCCCACUCAGGCUCCGAUAACGAGGAGCCCGGAGUGUCUCGAUCCAUUGAGUAACAUUUCGAACGAGGCAUUGAACCUCGACUACGACCCUAUGGCUUGGACCUUUGAUACCGAUCAGAUGCAAUUUCCAAGCAACGCUAGACAAUUCGGGCUGGGGGUUUCGGGGAUCAAUUGGCUAUCCCCACAUUUCGCUGACGGUAUCGACCUGGACACUCUGUUCGCAGGAAUGGCAAGUAGUGUGAGCGUGCAAGGAUUACCAGAUGAGACGAUUCAUAGACCCGGCAUAAUGGAAAACAGAAGCUCAGCUGGCGCCUUACUACAGGGGUUGUCAGAAUCCGACAAGGGAACAGGCAGCUCGGAGUACUAUGUUGCCGGUGAUGGUGGCCGAGCUCCUUUCAAGGGCAGAUCGCAUAGACGCGGCUCUGUUCUGUCUAGCGUACCGUCGCAUGAGAGCGGUAAUGAAGGGAGCGUUCCUUCUCCACUCCUUCACAAUGAUGUUGUCAGCUCACUCUGUCCAUUUUCGGCCUAUGAAAAUCUCUGCCAGGCCAUUGCAGCAGAGACUUGCAAACAAGGAGAUGACAGAUCUGACCUUCGUAUCCCCACUCAUGAACAAAUGCAGAUUCAUGUUGGGCGAUAUUUCCAGUCAUUUCACCCAAUAUUUCCGUUUCUGCGGCGGGCCUCGUUCGCGAACGAUUCUUCAGAGGAGUGGCUACUACUCCUUGCGGUGUCCAUGAUUGGCUCUAAGCUCACAAAUCGGCCAAAUCACCACGAGGAAGAAGACAGCAUAUUUCAACUGUUAGGAAAGGCACUUCAACGACAGUGGUACGGGUCUCUGCCAGAAUGCCACAGUGGGGACAGACAAGAGCUAUUUGUGCCAGGUGAACCCACCAGAUGUUUUAGAAAUCCUCCAAAUCUUCGGGUGCUGCAGGCUGGUGUUCUCAAUGUUAUCUGCAUGCUUCAUUCGGGCGAAAAGGAUCUGAUAGAACGAGCUUUAGAUGAUCGCUAUCGCCUAGUAGAAGCCUGCAAUUCACUGUGCUUACUGAGCGAAGACAAUGAGAACAUUGCUCUGAAUGUUGGAAUGCACUGCUCCGAAGAAGCGAUUAAGAAGUGGAUCGUACGCGAGACGAGGAUUCGAACGGGCAUGAUAAUAUGGCUGCUAGAUUCGAUAUUCGUAUACACACUACAAGAGAAGCCUUUGAUGCGGCUCGAAGAUGCGAAGACGAUUCUACCAUCCCAUGAAGAGUCUUACGAGGAUGUCGACAUUUUGCGAACAGGCAAGAGACUACCUUGUAACAUGACGAUGCCGGCAGCCUUAGAGACAAUUUAUAUUGAGAAGACACUUCCGACCGAUUUGGGAGAGUUCAGUCAUGUGCUCCUGAUCAAUGCGAUCUAUCGCCAUACGAAGGAAAUCUUGGAGAGGGAGCAAAAUCGCCUGAACACUUGGACACCUACAGCACUGAAGCAGCACAAUCCGGACAAUCGUCCUUCACAAAUGUCUUAUCCCCCGACUACACCCACAGCUGCACAAUGGCGCAAUAGCGCCUGCGACUGUCUGGAUGUCCUACACUGGGUAGCAAAUAGUAAAGUCGCCCGAUCGGCUGGCUUCGAGCACCACACCAUCCUCCAUUUGCAUCUCGCACGCAUCACCAUUCUCACACCCAUUAAGUCUAUUCAGUCUUAUGCGACGCAUACUAAAAGCUUACACGAUCCUCCCGAGACACGAGAUAAUCAAGCACUGUAUACAGCACGCUUUGAGCUUUUGCAUUGGGUCAUACGCGACCAGUGUAAAGCGAGACUGUCGAUCAUACACUGUUCAGCUUUGUACUGGCAUGUUCGACGUUAUAGUUGUGAUAGUAUUUCAGAGCCAUAUGCGAUAUACAUCGCUACACUCGUGCUGUGGGCGUAUAGCUCAUGCUUGAACCUGCCAGAAGUCGUUGCCACGACUAUUGCAAGCUCUGGACAGGACGUGGAACCCUCAUUUUUGCACCUUGAUCGACCAAUUGACGAUGAGUUGGUGCAAGCCUUCGUACGCGAAGGAAAUAAGAUGGCUGCGUACAUCUCUAAGAUUGGUGACAUUCGAAAUCAUUCUGCGCCGGCCAAGAUACUGAAGGAAGGAAUUGCGUUACUCGCAGGAUCUUCCCAACCUUCUCCAGAGGGAAUGGAACAAUCGGACGAGAUUUGUUACACAUGGGGCAUUGAGCGGUCAUACGUGGGAUUUCUCCGUCAACUGUCA